GCCGGCCACUCGAUUCUUCUUCUAUUUUUGAUUUGCUAAAAAUUGUCAUUGUCUCAUCUACGAGUUACACCCUGUUAUGCUACAGCGCUUGCAAAGUACAUCUACCCGCCUGCAAGUGCUCGGAUGCAAGUACACAAGAGCAAGGCAUGCAUCGCUCACAUUGACCAAUGUCACACACAUGGCGCCAACCUCGCAAACCAGAGACGCAGAAUACCUACUCGUGUACACCGCGACCCCCCAUCGCCCACCGCCUUGUGCAAAGCAAAGCAAAUAUGGGACAAGGAGGCGGCCGUGGCGACGGCUGCGGCCGAGUCAAGCAAAGCAGUCAUCCAGAGCAAGCAGAAUCUUGAGCCCCGGGGAAAUCGGGGGGGACGAAUUUCGGGGACAGCAGCGGGAGGCUCCUCCGCCUCGCCUCGAACUCACUGGGCGCUGGGGCCAAACAAGUGGCAUGGACAUAACCUGGCUUUAACAUGGGCCUGGCCCUGUGCCGGCAUCGCUCGCUCUUCAGGUGACAACAACUACGCCAGCCAGGCUCUUGUCUCGUUUCCCACAUGCGGGCUUGCUUACCCAUCGUCUCAAUCUCGUACAUGAUGCUCUCCAACAGCAUCAACGUGGUUUCUCCAGAGCGAAAAGGGCGGCGGCGGUGACAUCCAGAGGAUCCGUACAAACGCCAUCAAGCU